CCUACAGACAGAAACAUGGCAUUUAAUGGUACUUGGAAAGCAGACAGAAAUGAAAACUAUGAAAAGUUCAUGGAGGCGAUGGGUGUUAACGUGAUGAAAAGAAAGUUAGGAGCCCAUGAUAAUCUGAAGAUCACCAUUCAACAAGAUGGAAACAAAUUUACUGUCAAAGAAUCAAGCAAUUUCCGUACCAUAGAUAUUGAAUUCACUCUGGGAGUCAAUUUUGAGUACAGUCUGGCUGAUGGGACUGAACUUAGUGGUUCUUGGAACAUGGAAGGAAAUAAACUUGUAGGAUCAUUUACUAGAAAAGAUAAUGGAAAAGCACUCGCAGCAUACAGAGAAAUCGUAGGUGAUGAACUUGUUCAGACCUACGUAUAUGAAGGAGUUGAAGCCAAGAGAUUCUUCAAAAGGGGCUAAGUACUUCACCCAGAACAGCACCAGAAUCAAAAAAAAAAGAAAAAAAAGACCAUUUUUCUACACAUCCUCUGCUUUUUUUUUCUUUUAUCCCCUCACAGCACCUCCUAAGCUGCAAUUACUUAGCCCUGUUGAAAACACCGGCUAGUUCCUUAUGUUUACUGUUUUGCCUUGAAUAAACAAAAUCCAAUUACAAUUU